CGGGUCGGGACGUGGUCGGGGAGCAAGGGGAGAGAGGGAGAGGUCGAGACGGGGAGAUCGGGAUGGGAGGUCGGGAUGGGAGAUGCGAACAGAGGAGGGAGAGGUCGGGAUCAGGGAGGGAGAGUUGGGACAAUGUUGGGGGAAGGAAGGAGAGGGGGAGAGAGGUCGAGACGGGAAGGAAUGGGGGGGGAAGAGGUCGGGAUGAGGUCGGGAUGGGAUGGGAGUCGGGAGGUCGGGAUGGGAGACGGGUUGGGACGGGGAAGGAAAGGGAGGAGGAAGAGAUCGCGAUGACGUCGGGAUGGGAUUCAUUGCCAAUUGCGAUGAGGCUAGGCGGGAGGAGGCUCGGUUGUUGUGCACGCCUCUGCCAGCUAGAAGGAGGGAUGCGAGGGACGACGAACUUGGUAGAGGUUGACGAUAUCGAUGAUGAGAUUCGACGUUUAUACACACUCCAUGAGAAACGGAGGCGGGGGAAGACGCCUUUGGCGGAAGUGGCUGCUUUCCGACGACCUACGUUCGAUAUGGACGGCUCUGUUGAUGACAAUGCACGCACUCGCGCUGAAUGCUCCAGGCAAGCGAACGAAAGGAGGAAGAAGGUGCCGGCAGGAGGAGGACCCGAUGGGAUUCUUCACUUUAUUCUCAACCAGCGCAGGACCUUGGAAGUUGGAAGGCCUCCGACAGGAUCAACUGAAGAAGAUUUGCGCUACUGAAGGAGUGCACUAUUGUACUAAAGGACCUUCGAUUGAUCGAAUUAUUGCCGCUCGAACAAUUUUGGCU